GGAUCAUUUUUGCAUAAAGAAAUUGAGUUUUGUUGAGAUGAAAUCAUAAAAAAGGUUAAACUUUCUUUGAACAGCCUCAAUAUUCAAUCAAAAUGGACUGGAAAAACAACGUUAACCUAAAGAUCGAUUCAAAGUCAAAAUCCAAUUCUUUAAUGGAACUUGAAUUUUCAUUUCUAAUGACUUUAAGGGAAGAUCGUCAAAGAUGAUUUUUCUUGACUUUGAUCUCAAAGUAAAUCUCUCAGUCUUUGGAAUUUUCGGCUCAAUUGAAAAUUAAAUUAUCGUGAGUUUACAAUUCUUAGGAAAUUGUCUCGAAAUGAAGAUUUACUUGCAAGUUGAAGUUGAGAAGAAAAAUCUAAAACAAAUUGCAAGGGAUCGACUCUUAGCUUAUCUUUACAGUUUGUAAUUGAAUGUAAACCCCUUUAAGUUUAUCUCAAUUAUUCACUUCUUUUCCUUUUCCUUUUUUCAAUGUGCAUUGGGCAAGUAAAUCAAAAUGGAUUUUUUUCUCUUUUCUGUUGUGAUGGAAAUUUUUAUUAAUUUCAUGAUUAUUAAACUGUUCAUCUCUUAAACUGCUGCCUCAACUGUCUCGUGCGUAUUUGAACAUUUCAACUGCAAAAAAUAUAAAAAUCUUGUGUCCGAAUGUCCCUCAACUUUGGAAUCGAAAAUCAGUUUGGAUUCGCUACCAAACUGGCCAUUCCAAGCCUAGAUUUGCUUCAGUGUUAACCAGUUGGCUGAUGAGCUAAUUUGAUGGUCAAUGCUUUGUGUUGAAAGGAUUAAAGCGGUAAAGCAUGAUUUUGUUGAAGCAAAUGAUGACUUGGAUGAAAGGUAAAGAAAGCAAUGAAUUGAAAACUCGGAGAAACUGUUGAUUCAAUUAUCAUCUUUUCCUCUAUUCUGUGGUUUAUGUUAUAAUUGGUAUUGAGUCUUGAUCAUCCUCAUCAUGAUCAACAUUUCCCUUUACCUCAAUGAUAGCUUAUUGAGAGAUAGAUUUGCCAUUGUCAAUCCAAUUGAGAAUCAAGUGGGUUAAAGUUAACAAAAGAUCUUAUACUCUCUUCUUUGGUCAAGCCUUUGGAGCUUAACAGUCUUAUCAAGAUAAUCCUCUUACACAUAAAAGGAUAAACUCUAUGGAUUACUUUUUACUCUUCAUCAACAUCAUCCUCUUGCUCUCAUUCCUCUCUCUCUAUUAGCAAAUUACACCAACUGGGAAUGAUGACUGGGAGUGAAAAAAGUCGACUCAUAAUUAUCGUUGAAAAAAUCAUGAGAAGUGAAUUCAAUAUUUUUCUUGCAACAAUCUUCUAUCAAAUAUUAAUAACCAUUUGAAACGUGCUUUGAUUAUUAAAAAAGCUUAACUAAUAAUUUUGUUCAACUCAAGUUACAAGCCUAUUAUGAGUAACUUUAACUGUAACCAAUAUCAUUAUCUCGUUUCAUCUUUAGGUUAACCAAGAAAUACAAAACUGGAAACAAUUUCUUCUCAUCUUCAUCGCCAUUCUGAUCCCUAUCAUCAUCACCAUCUUAUUGAUAUAAUCUUUGGUGGAAGAAGGAAAAGGGUAAAAAGAAACGAUAAUCAGGUUGAGAAGGUUAAUCAUCAUUAUCAACGAUUAUCAGAGUAAACCAGAAAAAAAAGGUUCCAACAAAAGCGAAGAGCAUUUCUUUUCAUUUACCUUCAAUUGGAUCAUUUACAAUUAGAAAUGCUUUUCUCUAAAGUUGAUAAUAUUCUAGUUGAUAAUGAAUUUACAGGGAAUUUUCAUGAAGAAUAACAAUUAAAGAUGGAAAAGUAAACAUAUUUAUGGCAAUGGAAAUGAUGGAAAGUCAUUACAGUUUCCAUUAACAAUGAGUAAACAUUGGUUAAAUCACUUGAGAUUAAGGGGAAAAUGUUUCAACCAUAAAUAUUUUAUUCACUUGUUUAAUCAACAUUAACAUUAUCAAUGAUUGAUAGUUGAUGAAGCACCAAAAGCGGCUCUUUGCGUUCACUUUUCCUUCCAACUUGUUUACAUGAAUCUAAAUCAGAUUACAUGAUAUUUAUAAUUCAAGCUUUGUUUACCUUCUUACCUUUAUGUCAGUCUCUUUUGUCACUAAUAAUCGAUUAGUUUUGUAUUUUCUCGACUUUUCUCAAUUAACCUAUCAUGAAGUUUCAAGGUAAAUAACUGAGCAUUACAUUAACUUUGGAUAAUUAUCUGAGAGCGAGAAAAAAAGUUUCGAAAAAACGUUUUCUCUUUUUUCAUAAAUUUCUUCAAAAUUUUAUUCAUUUACAUUAAAAGUUUAGCUUUCAAUUCAAUUGAGUAAAAACAUUAACUUUUUUCAAUGAACUUUAAAUGAGAUAGAAAACGAUAAACACUUUUCUAAGAACUAAUCGAUUCAUGAUGAUUGCAAUGUUGGAAAAUGUUAACAAUUUUCUGAGAAAAGAAUCUUCAUUGAAUUUUCAGGUUUUCUUUCAUUUUUUUCAUUCGUUAAAUGACUGAGUUUGGAAACUUUUUUGAUUAAAGUUUCGAAUUGAAUUAUGAAUAAAAUUUUGGAUAAAUGUGAAGACUAACUGAGUUUCAUUUACAGAAUUAAUUGAACCUUUCAACUUGAAACAAUUAAUUCAAUCAAAGACUAAAUUUGCCAUUUAAAAGCGUUAUAAAUAGAAAUGGAUUUUGAUGAAGAAAAAAAAACGAAAAGUUAAAUGCUUUGAAUUAGUUGGUCGAUGAUGAUUACGAUGAUGAACAGGAUGAAUCGUUACAUUACCCUGGAGAGAUAUUUACUCAUCUUUUUUGUUCGUGUCUUGGAAUGAUAAAAAAAGUUGAAAAGAUUGCAAGACAUGAAAGAGUAGAAAUGAAAUGAUUCAGAUGAUUCUGAUGAGUCCAAGUUUGUUAACAGGAAGCUGAACAAAACUGAAACGAAAUGAUGAGGAAGUUGAAUGGAGAAAAGGAAGAGAAGAAGAAAAAAAUAUUUCCAGAGGACAUUAAUUCUUCUAGUAAAAAGGUAAUAAUAUACUGGAGAAAUGAUGAAAAGUGGAAGAAAAUUUUUCAUGGUAAAUUCGAAAGGAAUUUGACUCUAUACCUUUUGUUGAUCAUGAUCAGGGUAACAGCAAUGAACAAGGUAACUUUCCUAAGAUCAAUUGAAUAACAACUAAAAAAUGAUUUUCCCAAUAACAUUGUGAACACCUUUACUGGUAACAUUUCAUUUUCAGAGUUUCCUUUUUCUCUCAUUCCUUUCCAUUACCGAGUUUCAUCUGAUCAUCAUUCCACGUAUUUACACUUUGCUCAUGUUUUCAGGCGAUUCUCUGACCAACCGAAGAAAAACUCUUGAUAAUAAUUGUCGAUUUACUUUUUUCUAGAAAAAAAUUCUUUUUGUUUUUUCUUUGAAAUAUUGCAACUUCGAUUUCAUUUGUAAAUUUUUGGUUUGAUUGAUCAAACGAUUGAAUUGCUGAUGAGAAUCAUUUUGCGCUUUUCUGGUUUCUCGAGUUUUAUCAACAUUACUGUAUCAUGUUUGAGGUUGCAGUUUCAACUUGUUUUAUUUGUUGACUUUUUUUCAGUGUUUGCACUCAGUUUUACCAUCAAUUGAAAUGUUCACUCAAUUUACAUAAAAUUACUCUUUUUUUGUACAUUUCAUAACAAAAGGUGAGAUCAGUUUUGAAGCAACAAAAAAAUUUAUUCAAAUGUACUUUUUCAGUUUGAUUUUUUUACUUUUUCUGAAUCUUUUUACGCUCAAACUUUUUUUUUUGAAUAAUGGCACUUUGGGUUAACUGUUGACAAAUGUGAAGAUGUGAGUUUAGUUUGAUUUUAGGGAAAAAACUUUGUUUUUUGGAUAAAGUUGAUGUUUAAUUUGUAACUUAAUGGGUGUUUAUGUUAACCAUUUUUGGCUGUUUUUCUCAAGGAUUGGGUUGUUUACAGAUUGAAGGAUUCAAGGGAAAAGUUGGUUGCAUAAGGUUCACUUGAUUGGCAUUGAUUGAAACAACCAAUGUUGCUGUGAAAUUUGCUUUCUGUUAAUUUUUUUGUUGAAUUUUGUCCUGUUUAUGCUCAACAUCUUGCGAUUCUUGACUCAAACAGUUGAGAGGGAAGCGAGUUUUGGAAAUUGUUUAAACCAUGAAAUUGGCUUCAUGAAGAGAGACUCUUUCUAAGCAGUCACAAUCACACGAAUAAAAGUGUUACAGUGAAAAUAGAUUGGUUGAAGUCAGUCUCAAAAAAGAAUGAAAUGUUUUUGAAAAAAGAAGAAACUCACCUUAAGACGAUUAGUAUUAGCUCCUGGUAAAUCCAUGGUUCCAAAAAUGGGUGAAUCCGUUUUGAAUUUGAGUGAAGAGAACACAAAAAAGGGUGAAUAUGGAUAAGAGGUUUAAGUGGGUGAGAUGAAGGUGAAGUAAAUAUUUUCAAAAAUGGUGAAACCGAAAGUAUAAAACAAAGAACUCUUUUCAAAAAAGAACACAUUUAGUCAAAGGUCAUUGUCAAGACCAGAAUUUUUUGAAUUAUUUCUUUUCAAUUGUGAAUUCAAUAUGACUAAAGUUAGUCGUGAGUUGAAAGAUUUGAUAAUACAAGCUGACCGUGAUGGAGAGACAACAUCUUCAAUUGCUGAAAAAUUGAAAAUUAAUCUAAACACUGUGAAAACAGUCAUUUAUCGUUUUAAAAAAUACAAAGUUGUUGAACGUGAACGUGGACAUCGACCAAAAAAGCUUACUCCUGAAAUGGUGUUAGAAGUGCAAUCUUGGUUCGAUAACGACUGUCAAACUACUCUAGCAACUGCUGCAGAUCGAAUUAAGGAAAAAUUUGACAUUGAGAUUCAUCCAGCAUCAGUUCGCAACUAUCUGAAGGAAGUUCAUUUUUCAGUCAAAAUUGUUUCAUUGGUACCAGAGCGACGUAAUUGUGAGUCAACAAAGCUACUGAGAAAAGAAUAUGCUUUGAAAUUUUUGGAGAUUCAAAGUUCAAUGAACAAGAUUUUCUAUGUUGAUGAAACAGGAGUGCAAAUCAAUGUGCGAUCAAGACGAGGAUGGGCAAGAAAAGGAUGUCGAGCUAAUUUGACAGUGAAAGCUAUCCGUAGCAAAAGUCUAUCUGUUUGUGCCGCCAUGAAUAACAAAAGUUUAUUUUUGUAUGAGGUCAAAGAACAUGGUUAUGACACAAUUUCAUUUGUUGAUUUCUUGAAACAGCUUGUCGAUUUCUUUGACUCAGAACAAGUAAAUGGAGCUUACGUUAUAAUGGACAAUGUCCGAUUUCAUCACAGAGGAGAAGUAAAAGAGCUAAUUGAAGGAAAAGGUCAUAAUUUAAUUUUUUUGCCUCCUUAUUCUCCAUUUUUGAACCCAAUUGAAAAUUUGUUUAAUCAGUUUAAACAUCACAUUAAACGUCAAAAACCGACGACUUGUGAUGAUGUUUUUGCUGCUGCUAAUGCUGCUUCACAAGUUAUCACUGAACAACAUUGUAACAAUUAUUUUUCUCAUAUGAUGAAAUAUUUGGGAAGAUGUAUCAAUAUGGAGACAAUUGAAAAUUAAAAUUUUGACAGUUUCAGUAUUUUUUGAAAAGAGUUCUUUGUUUUAUACCUUCGGUUUCACCAUUUUUGAAAAUAUUUACUUCACCUUCAUCUCACCCACUUAAACCUCUUAUCCAUAUUCACCCUUUUUUGUGUUCUCUUCACUCAAAUUCAAAACGGAUUCACCCAUUUUUGGAACCAUGGAUUUACCAGGAGCUAAUACUAAUCGUCUUAAGGUGAGUUUCUUCUUUUUUCAAAAACAUUUCAUUCUUUUUUGAGACUGACUUCAACCAAUCUAUUUUCACUGUAAUAAUGAAUUUCCAUAAAAGAAGUCAAAAUCAGGGAAUAUUUGACCAUGCAAAAUGAAAUUAAAAUUGAUCAAAAUUAAACAGUUUCUCAAGUGGCUUAAGACUAAAAGUGAUUUACCAAGUUUCACUCAUUUCACACUUGUAAAGAUACCUUCAAGAUACUCGAAUCAUUGAACAAGAAUGAUGAGUUUACUGAUGAUAAAAGUAUUGAUGAUCAAAAGGCUUAAAAUGGAUAAUGAACAUUCUGAAGAUUAGAAGCUUUGAAAUGUUUACUCUUCAACGAGAUAACAUUGAUUGAAUUGUCAGUUUGCCGAGAAUAGCGAAACUUGUUGAAAAUGUUUCUGAGUCUGAAAAUGAAAUUUCGAUUGAAGGUUAAUCAAGUUGAUUAACAAGCAAAAAUAUUGAAAUAUUUGAAAGACACAAAACUCUUGUGAUAAUCAAACUUUUGAUGAAUCAAAGGACGAGAGAAACUCGAAAAUGAAGAAAAAAUUUUCAAAUUCAUUCGCCAAUUGAUCAGCUAUUAAAUACUUGCAAGAUUUAUUCAAGUUAUUCACAGUUUUAUAUUCAAAUACAAACUAAGAUAUAAAUUGAACUUGACAUGUUGGUGACAUCGUUGACUAGAGUUCACAGUAAACAUUUUGUUCUGAAAAAAGCAUUUAAAAAGUUAAUUAUCGUUACUCAAUUACCAACUCUAAUUUACUCUCAACGAUACAUUAAUGAAACAAUAAUUUAAUUACUUUUAAACCAAUCAAUCAAACUGGCGAGUUUUUCACAAAAUUUAUUCCAAGUUUAGUCAUGAAAAGGUGAACAUCAGAAAAUGGCAAAUAUUUGCUUCUUUCAUUGCAUUUCUUUAAAUUGAGACAAAUGAUUGUUAACUCUUGAUAAAAGGUAAAGGUCAAAUAUUGGAGGAAAAAAAAUUGAAUGUUCAUUGAACAACAAUAAAGAGAGGAAAAAAUUGGCAAAAUCAAUUUGUCAAAAGAAUGUGCUGAGAAGAAGAAACAAUAUUUGAAAAAUUAUUGCACCGCAAAUUGAAUGAUGAUGUAAAAAAGUAACAAAAAGAUGAUGGGAAAAGAGUUAAUCUUUCAUGUAAUGUAAUAAUCGAUAGACAUGAGAAUGGCCACAUCUCAAUCUUUCUCAGAAAAUUUCUCAUGUUUUCCAAAUGAACUUUAAUAUCGAUAUUUGAUAGCCACAAAUGUGAAUAUAUUAACAGCCUUUUUCAGCUGACAACAGCUUUUGUAUCAAUGGCGAAUAAUGAUAAUGAAGCGAAAAAAAGUUACAUUAUUCAGCAAUAUUCAAUCUAAUUGGUAGCUUGAGGCAACUUUCAACUUUUGCUGAAUCGAGUAAAAAUGUACAAAGUAAAAGUUUUCUCGAAUUUUUGGUUUUCGCAAAUCUUGGAAAUUAGUUAAUCUGGUUAAAUGAAAUGAGUAAAUGUCAUGAUAAUGAAUACGAAAUUGAAACUUCUUGAGGAGAGAAAAGAUUGAAAUUGAAAGUUAUGAUAAUGAA